GCGCGACGACUCGGUUCAAUUCUCCCUCGACUAUUACUUCUUAAUUGAACGACCUCUGUAGCAAAUUUAUUAUUAUCUCGAAUCCGAUGCGCACACAACGCCAGCGUCCAUGACUACCCUCGUGCAAACCCGUCAGCCACUACAAGUCCUGAGCAUGAGCAAUCAGCCCAAGCGCCGCAGGAGCUCGCGUCUUGCCGCAUAUGACGAGCAGGAUGGUGAUUUCCAUUUCACGAGAGGAUCCAAAAGGGUCAAGACCACACAACCCGAACCGAUACCCGAGGAUGAACCCGCGCCAGCUCCUGCACCUGCGCCUGUAUCGAAGAAGGGGAGACCGAAACAGACGAAGAAUCGCGAAGUACAGCAACAACCAGCGCCUACUAGGAGAACAACGAAGCGGAGAUCAAGUCAGAUAACGUCGGAUCAAGAUGACCCAGUAUCAGCACCUGCACCGCCAGCACAACCGCAAAGGAAUACGCGAAAAAGAGGACGUCCCUCCCUAGAAAAAACAGAGAAGGUCGAAAAGGAGCAACCGAAGGCCGUAAAUGGAGUCUCUAGGAAGGGAAAGCAACGAGUAGAGGAGCGAGUCGAGGAGGAGGCCCAAGAAGAAGAGGUAGCUCAAUUAACACCGGUAAACGAGCCGAGAGCAAGACGCGGUGGAGAGGAAGCUAUAGAACCAAAGAAGAUCGCGCUACCGUUUAGUGACACGCCAAUAAUGAAUCGCAACAAAGAAAUGCGGAGAAAGACGGGUGCUCGCAGGAGUAGUCUGGGCAUGCGUGGGCGAAGAGCAAGCUCACUCAUCGAAAACGGUCAUAAUGCAAUACCGCAUAAGGCGGUGGAUCCCGCCGAGUUUUACAAACAUAUCGAGGCUGAGUUGAUGGAACCCCGUCGCAUGAAGCAAUUGCUCACGUGGUGUGGUGAGCGAGCUCUGUCCGCGAAACCGCCGUUGGGAUCCUCGAAUUCUAAUGAGAUUCUGGGAGCCCGAGCGAUUCAGGACCAGCUGUUAAAGGACUUUGCCUCGAAAUCGGAGUUUUCGAAUUGGUUCACGCGAGAUGAUAUACCACGACCGCCGGCUAUAGUCAAGCCGAAUCCGCGAAAUAUCGAGCAUGAGGAGAAGAUAGUCGCGUUAGAGGAGAGGAUAAAACGAUUAAGAGCAGAAAAGAAAACAUGGCAAACAUUAAAACAGCCGCCUCCGGAACUACCACCGCUUUUUUCUCCAUCAUCCGAUACAACUUCACUCCCCUUACCAGACACCUCCCUCCUAGACUCCGACGAAGCGCAAAUACUAGCAUCCCUCACCGACACAUCCUCAUCCAUAAAACCGCAAAAACUCCACUCACAACUCCAAGCUCUCCGAAUAUCCCUCGGGUACAAGAUCGACCACCUAGCAGAUAACGUGCAAAAAUUAGAACGAAGGGUUGCCACAGGUGGUCAACAAGCAGACCGAGUCCUAGCUCUUAGCGCGAGCAGGUUAAAGGAACGCGAGGAGAAAGAAAGGAAAAGCGCCGGUACGAAAGAUAUGCCCGUGAUGGAGGUCCUGAGAAGUUUAGGUAGGAUAUUACCGCCGGAAGGUGGGGGUUGAAGUUUUGCGUAAAGCAUAUGAAAAACUAAGGAUAAACAAAACAAAGUAAAAA